CUUGCCUAAGGCAAGCAUCGGCAGAGGGCGGGGAGGCCAGCUGUCAGGCUCUCUCGCCAGGUGUUCCGUGGACAGGUGCGCCUCCUCGCAUUCUCGCACAGAUUGAGACGGUGCCCGGCCAUUUAAUGGAGAUGAAGGCAUAAAAGAGACGCAGGAGUUCUCCAUAGGUGUUAAAAUCCCAACCGAAGACGCUUCAGGAUCUGAGCUCAGAAGGAAAAUGGAUCGGCUGAAGGUUCCCCGGACAAAAGAAUUGGAAUUUGGGGGUGUAUUUGGGGUAGCCCUCCUAAUGGUUGUGAUGCCCAGCACCGUCUUCUACCUACUCCUGGUCUGCAGGACAGAGCAGGCCAGCGCACUGAGCCCCCCUUGGCCGCUGCCCUCCCUCCGCUCCCUCUGGAGUCCCCAAGACUUCGCUCUGGUCCUGGCCUGGCUGGCAUUUCAAGCCUUGCUCUACUGGCUGCCCAUAGGGAAGAUCACGGAAGGAAGCCUUCUUCGGGAUAAGAGCCGGCUGCAAUAUCGCAUUAAUGGUUUCUAUGCCAUGUUGGUUACAGCGCUGGUGUUGGGUGCCGGACUGGCUGGCGGGUUGCGCCUGAGCUACAUCUACGAUCACAUCCUGCAGCUGGCCUUUGCAGCGACGGUCCUGGCUUUUGGUCUCAGCGUCCUUCUCUAUUUCAAGGCUCUGCUGGCCCCAGAAACAGCCUUGGCUCCCAGUGGGAAUUCAGGAAACCCCGUUUAUGACUUCUUCAUGGGCCACGAGUUGAACCCGCGCCUUGGGCUCUUCGAUCUCAAAUUCUUCUGCGAGUUGCGCCCAGGUCUCCUCGGCUGGGCCCUGAUCAACAUGGCAAUGUUGGUUAAAGAGACAGAGCUGAGAGGCAGCCCCUCUCUGGCCAUGAUCCUGGUUAAUGCCUUCCAGUUCCUCUACGUGGUAGACGCCCUCUGGCAUGAGGAGGCCGUUCUCACCACAAUGGAUAUCGUCCAGGAUGGCUUUGGGUUCAUGCUCGCUUACGGGGACCUGGCCUGGGUGCCGUUCCUGUACAGCCUCCAGUCCUGCUUCCUGGUGACUCACCCCCAGAAGCUUAGCCUGCCUCUGGCGGGGGGCAUUGUCCUGCUAAACGCCCUGGGGUAUUCCAUAUUCCGUGGUGCCAAUUCCCAGAAAAACACCUUCCGACGGAAUCCUGCUGAUCCCAGAGUGGCUGGGCUCCGGACAAUCCCUACGGCAACCGGUCGGCGACUCCUGGUCUCUGGCUGGUGGGGUUUUGUGCGACACCCCAACUAUUUAGGGGACCUGAUCAUGGCUUUUGCAUGGUCCUUGCCCUGCGGCUUCACUCACAUCUUGCCUUAUUUUUAUAUCCUCUAUUUCACUCUGCUGCUCGCUCAUCGGGAUGCCCGGGACGAGCACCAAUGCCGGAGGAAGUACGGGCUGGCGUGGCAAGAAUAUUGCCGGCGUGUCCCCUACCGGAUUGUCCCGUAUCUCUACUGAAUCCCUAAAUCCCCGUUUUCCACGUGGUCGCUGGACUCACCUCAGGGCAGGAUGGUCUCCUGGCUUCCUGGCAGCAUGAGAGAGAAGACAGCGGCAGGGCCUGGCAAAGGGGGGGGAAAGCGCCAGCAGUUCAUCGCUGUUUCUCCAAACUUUGCCCCCUCGAGACGGCUGGAGUUUUCUUCCACAGACAUUCGCCGCCUGGGGAAAUCUUCCUUUGACCUCCUUUCCUGCCUUCCAAUGGUCUAGAUUUCUGCUCCUGAUUAGGAAAAGAGACUGGAAAAAUAAGACUUUGGAGCCAGAAUCAUUUUUAUCGAAAUAGAUUGAUUUUUUCUUUUUAGGACCCAGAAUAACAGAGUAACAGAAUAACAGAAGGGACCUCAGAGGUCCUCUAGUCCAUCUCCCUGACUCGGCCUAUACUUAAUUUUGGACUAAUGGUUGUCCAGUCUUUCCUUAAAACCACCCGUGAUGGAGCAGCCACAACUUCCAGAAACAAGGGCUCCUAUCAUACCCGUCUCAGCUGGAGCUUCUAAGCAGGAACAUGAAGGGCAUUUGUUUAAAAAGGGAAUACUUUCGCAAAGGUCAAGUGAAUUACAGCAAAGCAAAGCCAGAACUGAGAUUCACAGGCCACAAAAUCACUAAGUUCCAGUCCCCCCCCCCCUGUCCCCCCCCGCCCCCCAAUCAAUCAAGCUCUUGCAAGGUGUUUCUAUCAGGGCCAGUCUGAGCUCCUCUUUCUGUGUGACUUUGGAGCACUUUCUGUCCCUUCCGCCUCCUUCCUUCCCCACAGAGCGUGGCAGGCCCAAGCAGGCCUAAAGUGGCAGCUGACUCUGUCAGGAAACGUCUCCAUAGUCCCAGGUUGGAUCUCCCUCUGACCAGCUUCUGCCCCGUGCUCCUCGUCCUGCCUCCUGGUGCUUUGGAGAUUAAGGCAAGGCCCUCUUCUCUUCCGACAGCCUGUUCUGACCCAAACUUUGUUCCAAGGAAACAAACA